GCACGAAUAGGAGUAUUUCCUAGUAACAAUAUAACUUUCAUAACUUACAUAGUAGCUAUUGAAACGUUUGCUAAUUAUAGACUUCGAUCUUUCGAUGAUUUCGUUAUGAAUCCCGAUUGCGAGACGGACAUCUAUAGUCUGGAAUGCCAGGAAUGGAUGAGCCUAGUGUGCGACCGUUGCAGGGAUCUGUUUGCCGAAGCAGCCAAGGACAUCUGGGCCGCCUGGUGGCACGAUACCACACCGCCGUUGUACAAGGAUGUGGCCGAUAUGACCGUCUAUGACUGUGAGAAGCUGAAGCAUUUGCUAGAGGUCCAAGUGGCCGCUAGCAGUCCACAUAAAGCUACAGUGGAGUACAAAGAGUUUGCGUGGUGGCAGAAGAUCGCCCUGAUCAUCAUCUAUAUUUCCAUACUGGUGCUACUGCUCGUUGUGUGUCGCCGUUGGCGUAGAACAUGCAAAGCUGACAACCUGCCACCCAUUCACAACGAGCAAGAAGAUCUGCUGCUACCGACAUCCUCAUCUAAACCGGAUCACCCACCAGCAGAGCAAUGCAAACCGGACGAGACCGGAGCAAUACCUAGGGAGUGUCUCAGGCCGCUAAAAAAGCACGGCUUCAAGGCAUGGAUGCAACAAAUAUGCCGUCCGAUUUUCAUUCACAAUGAAGGUGCGCUAAAGCGCCGACAGAAGAAGUACGAGGAGGACAAGAAGCUCGAGCGCAUCCUCAACGAACGGAACAUUAAAAAGUGGACCAAGGCUCGCACCAGAGCCGAACGUAGGCGCGAAAUGGAAUUGGAGUCCAUGGAAAUGAUGGAAUUUAAGCAAACAAGUAGAAAAUAAUAUCAUUAUAAAGGAAUGAAAACAAGAUAUGAAUUUCAUUGAUUGAGUUAGUUAAAGCAUAUUGUCUAGCACUGGAUAAGUAAGGAUAAGGAAAGAUAUAUCUGAGAACCAGAUUAGGUUACGUUUCCUCAAAGUCCCUGAUUAUUUAAAAAUUAAAAAUAACUUUUGUAAAUUAGUUAUAUGAUAAUUUAUAUACCUAUACAUAUUUUAAACAAAUAAAGGAUGUAUUCUAAAUAAUCUAAAAAAGAGAAA